AUGACCAGUAUUUUUGAUACGAUAGAGACAUUCACAAUUUGGACCGAUUAUGAGAAUUAUAGCUUCAACGACUCCGUGACCGAAGGAGCAUCAGUAGAAACCAGUGGCGAAGCGGGGUCUCGACCCUCUAGCCUUGCCAGUCUUGUCUGUAGCGGUGUCUUUACUGCUCUGAUCAUCAUCACCAAUACCAUCAGCCUUCUGGCCUUUGUUGUUGAAAAGCGACUCCGCACCUAUAACAACUACUUCAUCAUCAACCUCAGCAUACUUGAUCUUCUUGUCGGAGUGUCAUUGUCCGCACAGGUAGCGCAUGCUUAUCAUGGUCGUUACCCAUUUCCCCAAGACGUCUGUAAGAUCUUAACCGGCAUCGCGGGCGGGAUUGUCAACGGCUCCAACAUCAGCGUGGUCGUCAUCUGCGCUGACCGACACCGAGCCGUCUACGACCCAAUCAACCAUUUCAUAUCUCGAACCAAACGUAAGGCCAUUCUUAUCAACUGCCUACCUUGGGUUAUAGGACUCUCCUUCUGGUUGUGUUACACCACCGUCUGGGAGUUCGUGGUCGACCACGACAACGGCACGCAGUGCACGCCGCUCUUCUCCGAGAGUCCGAUCACGUACAUUAUUCAGAACGUCUGUAAGUUUCAUCUGCCCUUCGUCAUCAUCUCCGUUCUCUACAUCCGCAUAAUUCUUCAGAUACGAAAGACGGCCGGUGGAAGGAGCGUGAAUAAGAAUUUCGAUUCGAAGGCAUCGUCGUCGUCGUCGUUGGAAAGGACGAAAUCAAGCAUUGUCAAAGAAGUGACGUCAUCAAACAUUGAUCAGCAUGAUGGGGGCGUGGACGAACCCGAGACUGAAGUGAAGAAUGAUGUCACCGUUUCUCAUCCAGACAACAGAUUCACUUCAUCUAAUCAGAAAUCCAACGCACAGCGGAUGGAAUCGCCCUCCGAGUCGCGCAAAGCCACACGGACCCUCUCCCUCAUCAUCGUCGCUUUCGUAUUGACCUGGAUCCCUUUCAGCGUGAUCAGCUUACUCCUGACCAUCGAUGCUCGUCUCAUCAUUCCUCGUAUUCCCAUACAACUCUACGUCUUCUUUGCGUUUUUGACGUAUGGAAACAACCUCUUGAAUCCCAUAUCAUACGUGGUAUCUCAGCCAUUAUUCAGGGCUACGGUGAUGAGGAUCAUAUCAUGUAGGGUAUGGUGA